GAGCUUCAGUCAGUGCAACAGGCAGCUCACGCCGCUGUGACAUGGAAGUGACGGUAGCACGAGGCCUGACACGAAGGUCUAUCAACAUAUUCAGGAAGUAGGAAGUGUGAUCUGCCACAUCGCCCUGUGAGUGCAUGUAGCGUCUGCUGGUGCGUGUGUGUGUGUGUGUGUGUGCGCGCCGCUGAGGCGUCUGCGUCAUAUCAGCCACUGACCCAUGCGAUGAGGGGGCGACCAUGUCUUUGAAACUACCUCGCAAUUGGGACUUCAGCACCUUCAAGGCAGAGACCGCUCGGAUAGUCCGAUCCAGGAGUGUGCUGUCAGGGGAGGGAGGCUCCUGCAGGUCCAUGGAGCGGCCGCUGAAGGCCGGCUGGCUGAAGAAGCAGCAGAGGUCCCUGGUCAAGAACUGGCAGCAGCGCUACUUCGUCCUGAGAGGCAGCACGCUGACCUACCACAAGGACGACAAGGAGACCACCAUACAGGGCUUCAUCCAGCUCCAGUUCAGCAAGGUCAAUGAGCUUCCUCCCAACUCGGACGACCCUGGAAAGUACCUGUUCGAGAUCGUACCGCGUGCCAAUGGCGAGCGCGAGCGCUGCCCGUACGUCUUCAUGGCCAACUCCCAGAGCGACAUGGAGGAGUGGGUGCGCUCUCUGCGCAGGGUCAUCGGGGCGCCCAGCAGCGGAGUUUUCGGGAAGAGCCUGGAGGACACGGUGACCUACGAGCAGCGCUCCGGUCCUCACAUGGUGCCCCUGCUGGUGCAGAAGUGUGUGGAGUUCAUCAGGGAACACGGCCUGGACGAGGAGGGUAUCUUCCGCCUCCCUGGUCAAGAGAACGCUGUCAAACACUUCCGGGAUGCUUUUGACGCCGGAGAGAGGCCCUCCUUCCCCAGUGACACCGAUGUCCACACGGUGGCGUCCCUACUCAAACUCUACCUGCGCGAGCUGCCCGAGCCUGUGGUGCCCUGGACGCAGUACCAGGACUUCCUGGACUGCACCAACAAGCUGGACCUCAGGGAAGAUGAGGGUCGAAGGAACCUGGAGAAGCAGAUCUCCCUCCUGCCCCGGGUCAACUACAACCUCCUCAGUUACGUGUGCCGGUUCUUGUUCGAGGUCCAGCUCCACUCUGCCGUCAACAAGAUGAACGUGGAGAACCUGGCCACGGUGAUGGGCAUCAACCUGCUCAAGCCCCAGAUAGAAGACCCCUUCUCAGUGAUGAAGGCGACUCCUCAGAUCCAGAGUCUGAUGACGGUGAUGAUCAGGCAGCAUGAGACUCUGUUCCCUCUCUCCAAAGACCAGGCCCCCUCCCCGCAGCCCAACGCCACCGAGAGCCAGAAGAACACGCCCCGCAGCUUCGUGGGCUGGGGGUCCACAGAGAUUGUCGACACGUCUCCGACAGAUUAUUCCAAGGAGGACAGUAAGAGUGCAGCUCUACAGAGAGAGAACAGCAGCACAUCUGAUGGUCCUAAACACCAGAGCUGUUCUUCUCCUGAGGAAAACUUCCAAAGUCCCCGCAAGCGCACACAGACCCUCCCGGUCUUCAACUGCCCUCUGACAGGGAUGGCAGCGAAGACCGACGCGAUCAGCCGCUGGAGCCGCUUCCACGACAGCGUGGAGGAGAAAAGCGGGACGCUGUCAGAGGACAUCUUUCGGAUUUUGGAUCUCAAGACUUCUGGCUUGUUCCUCAGUGGCCCUCAGACAAGCAGCUGUGAGGCACAAACAAAAGCCCCGGCACAAAGUGGGAGUGAUAAGACAGGCCUCAAUGGAGCAGAAAUCAUUACAACUGGCUCCCACACAAAGAUCCAAGAAGGCGCCGAAACAGGGUCAAGUCCACAGGUCAAAGACGUGUCGCCACAAGAGGAACGUGAGCAAGCAGUUGGCAGUCUGGAGCAGCAGAAUAAGGAAUUGAGAGCGACGGUCGCGGAGCUGCGGACGGCUCUGGAGGCGGAGCGCAGCCGUGCGGCCACGCUGGAGGUUUCCCUGAGGAACGCGGAGAGUAGCAGGGAUGAGGCGCUAAGACGAAACCUCCAGCUGCAGAGUGACAUUCAGCAGUUCCUCAGUCAAAGGCCCCAGGCUCCCACAUAACGUGCGGACGGACGGAUGAAAAUGUCAAAUAUCCAGCAGAGCCUGGGGCUCGAUGAAAUGGAUAUUUUAGUGGACUUUA